GCGCCAGGGAAAAAAAUGGUGGAGGUUGUUUUGUAAACGAAGAGACAUUGUUUGUUUCUGCUGUGUUGUCUGCAGUUGGAUGAAUGCUCCCCCUUCGCACGUCAGGGAGUUUGAUGCUGUAGUUAAAAGUCCCAAGAUGACCACAGACACACCACCCCAAAACGUGGGCUUCGAGGUGAUGACGUUCACCCCCUCCAAAGAAGAGUUCAAGGAUUUUGUCCGGUAUGUUGCUUACAUGGAGUCACAAGGAGCACACAGAGCUGGGAUGGCUAAGAUUAUUCCACCUAAGGGCUGGAAGCCCAGAAAGACCUACGAUAACAUGGAUGAUCUGAUGAUUCCUGCACCUGUUCAGCAGGUGGUUACGGGCCAGUCAGGACUCUUCACUCAGUACAACAUCCAGAAGAAACCCAUGAGUGUUCAGGAGUUCCGCACGACCUCUAAUUUACACAAGUUUCGCAGUCCCAGAUAUGCAGAUUUUGAUGAGCUGGAGAGGAAGUUUUGGAAGGACCUGACCUUUAAUCCUCCACUGUAUGGGGCUGAUGUCAGUGGGACGCUGUAUGAUCCAGAAGUGACUGAAUGGAACAUCAGUCAUCUUAACACCAUCCUGGACACUGUGGAGGAUGAGAGUGGCAUCAAGACAAAAGGAGUCACUAGACCAUGCCUGUAUUUUGGGAUGUGGAAGAGUGCUUUUGCCUGGCACACAGAGGACAUGGAUCUGUACAGGAUCAACUACCUGCACUACGGAGAGCCAAAGUCAUGGUAUGUUGUGCCACCAGAACAUGGGAAAAGACUGGAACGACUUGCCAGAGGUUUUUUUCCUGGGAAUGCUCGGAACUGCGAAGUCUUCCUGAGCCACAAGAUGACUUUUAUUUCACCUUCAGUCCUGAAAAAAUAUGGGGUUCAAUUUCAGAAGAUGACUCAGGAAGUGGGUCAAUUCAUUGUGACGUUCCCGUUUGCCUAUCACGCCGGCUUCAACCACGGCUUCAACUGUGCCGAGUCCACCAGCUUUGCCAUGCAGCGUUGGAUUGAUUAUGGAAAACGAGCAAUAAUGUGUUCGUGUCGUCAGGACUUGGUGAAGAUCCACAUGGACGUGUUUGUGCGCAAGUUCCAGCCCAAAUGCUACAAACUGUGGAAAGCGGGGAAGGACAACAGUCCCCUGGACCACUCUAAAGCCACACCAGAGGCUGCUGAGUUCCUGGACCAGUCCAAAGCCACACCCGAGUCCAAAGCCACACCAGAGAAUGCCGAGUUUCUGGACCAGUCCAAAGCCACACCAGAGGCUGCCGAGUUCCUGGACCAGUCCAAAGCUACACCAGAGGCUGCUGAGUUCCUGGACCAGUCCAAAGCCAGACCAGAGGCUGCUGAGUUUCUUAGAAGAGACAGCAGGAAGUCUUCUAAAAACGCUUCCUGUAAAACAUCUUCUGACAGGCUGACUGUUCCAGUCCAAGAGGGGAGAAGUCCACAGCGUCAAAGUGGGAAGAAGCGUCGGCACCGAGUUUUACAGAGCUCUGAGGAAGUCCAGUCUGCUAAGAUGCUGAUGGAUGUGGAGCUGAAGAAGGCUCGGCUGGAGAGCAAAGAGUCACCAGUCAAAGCCUGUGAUGAACCAGACCCAGUAAGCUACAAAGCAGAACUUCAAAAGGAUCAGGAUCCAAAGCUAAAAUCUAAAUGUUCAACCAAAGCCACCAACAGGAAAUCUUUGAAAAGACAAAGCUCUACAAAAAAAGGGAAGAAUAAUGUUUCAGUUGAAGAUUUUUCUCCUCAGGAGCUCGAGAAAAAGAUGGUGCCUCUUAUUCCUGAAGAGGCCGAGGCCAUUGUUGAGUCUGAGGUGGAAACCAGUAAAAUCCCAACACACAAGACGUUUCAGAGGACACUGAGUCCUGCCGAUGUCCUCCAUGUUCACAGUUAUGCUAAAGGAGACUAUGUAGAAGAAGCCUUGUUCAAGGAGGAGGAAAACAGUGAAAAUGGUGACGAGAGCAAGAACAACUUUAGCCAUGUCAGCAAAGAGGUGCCAGAAGAGCUAGCGGCUGUUGAAGAACCAGAGACUGUAGGUCAACUGUCAGGACAUGAUCCUCUCCUAAAGGAUGACAAAGAGACUCCAGAGGAGCCUCCCCCAGUUGAGGAGGAGAAUUUGGAAGGGGAGAACUGGGCUAAGCCUUUGGCCCAUCUUUGGCAGAGCAGACCCCCCAAUCUUAAGAAGGAGAGAGAGUACAAUCAUCUAACGGGCUCCAAACCUCCUUACUGCUCCAUCUGUAUGCUCUUCCAGACAUACCAACAGACGCAGUACAGGAACAGUGCAGACAAUCCAGUCACAUUGGCCGGAGGGCAGAGGAGGACCAAACCUCUGAUUCCAGAAAUGUGUUUCACCACCACCACAGAAGAAGACGCUGAAUGUGAAGAUCAACCCAUCAAACCUUAUCUAGAGGAAGAUGGAAGCAGCCUCCUCAUCAGCUGCUCACAGUGCAGCGUUUGGGUCCACACCAGCUGCUACGGUGUGGAUCCUGCCAGAGUGAACAAGGAGUGGAAGUGUUCACGAUGUAAAGCCAAUGCUAUGACGGAGAACUGCUGCCUUUGUUCGCUGAGGGGCGGAGCCUUGCAUAAAACCACCAACGACAAGUGGGUCCAUGUGCUUUGUGCCGUGGCAGUUCUGGAAGCUCGAUUUGUGAACGUUACUAAGAGGAGACCCGUGGAUUUAAGUGGAAUCCCCCUGCAAAGAUUUAAACUGAAAUGUUACUAUUGCAAGAAGCGGAUGAAGAAGGCAUUGGGCUGCUGUCUGCAGUGCUCUCAUGGACGCUGUCCCACCGCAUACCACCCCACGUGCGCCCAGGCCGCCGGCGUUUUGAUGCAGCCGGACCAAUGGCCCUUUGUGGUCCACGUCACCUGCUGUCGACACAAAGGUCCCACUCAAAUCGAGCGUAGUAAAGCAGCUAUGCAUGAGCUAACUGUGGGACAGAAAGUCAUCUGCAAGCACAAAAAUGGCCGUUACUAUCAGUGUGACGUGGUGCAGUUGUCCAAAGAGACGUUUUAUGAAGUCAACUUUGACGAUGGUUCUUUCAGUGAUAACCUCUUCCCAGAAGACAUCGUGAGUCGGGACUGUGCUCAGCUCGGACCCCCUGCCCCAGCUGAAGCGGUUCAGGUGCGAUGGACGGAUGGGCUGGUGUACGGGGCCAAGUUUGUAGCAGUUCAUGUUACUCAGAUGUAUCUGGUGGAGUUUGAAGAUGGGUCCCAACUAACUGCCAAGAGAGAUGAUGUCUACACUCUGGAUGAAGAACUCCCCAAGAGAGUCAAGUCCAGACUGUCCAAAGCUUCAGACAUGAGGUUUGAUGGGAUCUUUGAGGACAAUGAAAUCAUCCAGGAGUCAAAGAGACAGAGAGUUAUUAACUCACGUUACAGGGGGGACUACAUCGAGCCUGUGAUUUACAGAGCUAUCAUGGAGUAAAGACCCUCGC